AUGAAUCAACUUAAGAUUAAACAGGGCCGUCUCGUAGAUACAAUUCAUCACACAGCACAAUGGGGUGCCAGCGGUGUGUGGGGGUCUCACCCCACAGAAACUGGCGUUCGUAGAUUGGCAUUAGGUGAUGAAGAUAAGAAGGUUAGAGACUGGUUGGUUGAAGAAGCUAGGCUGUUGGGCUGCGAAGUUAAAGUCGAUGCUGUGGGGAAUAUCUUUGCUAUUUAUCCAGGUAAAGAUAAUCUGCAACCUCCCACGGGUAUGGGAUCACACUUGGAUACUCAACCUACGGGUGGUAGAUACGAUGGUAUUUAUGGUGUUUUGUCCGGUUUGGAAGUGUUAAGAACCAUGAAAGAUAACAACUAUGUACCAAACUAUCCAGUAGCGUUGGUAGAUUGGACCAAUGAAGAGGGUGCUAGAUUUCCUGUUAAUACUAUUGCAUCAGCAGUUUGGGCUGGCCUUCAAACUAAGGAAUACGCAUAUGAUCUUGAAUCCAUCUAUGAUACCGAUAGAGUUACGUUUGGAGGUGAAUUAUCUAGAAUCGGAUACAAGGGAGAAACCGAUGCUUCUCAUGUUACCAACCCUCUUGCUGCUCACUUUGAAAUUCACAUUGAACAAGGUCCUAUUUUAGAAGAAGAGAACAAGAAGAUCGGUAUUGUCACCGGGGUUCAAGGCUACUCUUGGAACCGGGUUAUCAUUAAGGGUAUUGCAUGUCACGCUGGAACUACACCCAUGAAAAGCAGAGCUGAUGCAUUGGAAAUGGCUGCAAAGAUGAUUCUAAAGGGUAUUGAAAUAGCUGAAGGACACGGUGGUCAAGCAACUAUCGGCACUAUGAGUGUUGAACCAUCAUCUAUUAACGUCAUUCCUGAAAGAGUUGAAUUCUCCUUCGAUGCCAGACAUCACGAAGAUGCCAUAUUGAAGCAAAUUGUUGAAGAAGCCGAAGCUGCGUUCACGGCCAUUGGUGCUUAUGGUAAAAACGGUUCCAAGCCACUUCCAGUUGAAUUUACAAAUACAAUGACUUCUCAUUCUGUUAAAUUUGAUACCAACAACAUCAGAACCGUUAAACAGGCUGCUUUGGCGUUGUUUAAGGCUGAAGAUGUAAAAGAGAUUAUUAGUGGUGCUGGUCAUGAUUCAUGUAACACCUCGAGGGUUAUUCCAACUUCCAUGAUCUUCAUUCCAUCCAAGAAUGGUAUUUCCCAUAACCCAGAAGAAUACUCUUCGCCUGAAGAUGUUGAAAAUGGUUUCAAAGUACUUUUAGAGACCAUUAUUCGUUACGAUCAACAGAGGAAAGAACAAAGCAUAUAA